AUGAAGAUUAUAGACUGCAGGACAUAUGAUUUUUUCUGCUUUAAGGGUAAAUCUUGGCAUGAAUUUAUAAAGGUGCAGACUGAGUAGAAAAAUGUUGACAGUCAGUUAGAAGUGAAAAAAAUAGCUGUGUGGGAACUUUUCACAUGGGAAUGCAUUUAUUUUCUAGACCAUUUCCUGGUUCUCAAAAUGAUAUUUAUGAACACUCUAAAAUACCUCCAGAGUAAUAUACUCUGGAAGUAAAAUACCUUGGAUGUGGAUUUCUGGAGACUUUUUGCAAACUCAGAAGAGUUAAACAAGAUAAGUCUCCGUUUUCUGAAAACUUUUUUUCAAACUGUGAAGGAACUUGUCAGCAAGUCAGACUCUCCUAUGGAUUUCACCUUCGUACUCAAAAAGUUUUUCCAGGGUGACCUCUGCCAGACACACCAGAUUUAUUGCCUUAAUUAUACCUCCGCUGUCUUCUACUUAGAAAAUCUGAGACAGAGAGAAGAUUUUGGCAUCUACCUGAAACUAUGGUGUGAACAAAACGAACAGUGCGAGAGGCAGCACCUGCCACAGCUGCUCAUUGCUUCUCUGCAUCGACAGAUGUGCUAUCCUCUCCUCCUUCAAAACAUCUGGAAGCAGAGCACUGACGGAACAGAGAAAGGCCUUAUCCAGUCCCUUAAAGAGAAGGUGGAAAGUCCACACGUAAGUAGUCUUUUUUGGGAUAUGGAAGGUAAAGUCAAGUGGUUGGACAACUUCCAGAAGAUUAGGCAGCUGCAAGAGGUCAUAAUUUGGCCUCAGGUCUGGGAUCGUGAAAGAUUCUUUGUCCCAGAGUGUUUGAAGUAAAGCUUAAGAGAAAACAGCAGUGAAAACAUUUUGCCUUCAGCUAACAGACUUCUCCUUCAUGAAGGGAGGCUAACACUAGCAGAAACCACAAGACUCAUUGACAUCUACCUCUUCCUAUUUGAUGACUUCUUAAUAAUUACCAAAAUUAAGUGCAACAAAAAGAAAUACAAGGGCUCAGGCGCCAGUUAACCCCUGUCUGUUGUUCCCUCACUUGAGCUACAGUCCUUCAUAAGAGAAGAUGGGUUUUGCACAGUCCUAGACCAGCCCAUUUUACUAGACAGACUGAUCCUGAAAAACGUUGACUCUGUCCAUAUUACAGGCUUCAGCUUGCAAAACACUUUCCUAAUACAGCAUGAAAAUAGGUAUUGUCAGUGCAUAGCAGUCUUCUUACCACAAGCUCAGACAGAGACUGCCAAGAAAACAUGGAUGUCACAGAUAGAAACAGCAGUCUCCAAUUACACCACGCAACACAAAACCAAGAAAAGCACUGCUUUCUGCUUCCCAGAUGAAUCCUCUGAAAUUUAA